AUGAUUAUGAUCAAACAAUUUCUUUGUAAAUUAUUCUCUGGUCAAUGUCAAUUAAUAUCUUUUCGACUUGAUAUUAGUAAUGAAUCUCGAGAUGGCAGUAUUCAUCGAUGUUUAUCAUCAAGCUUUUAUAUCUUUUCCAAUUUAAUUCCGUAUCAACAUCAAUCUUAUUGUGUAACCCUUCGUUAUUUAUAUGUCCGAAUUAAUCAAAUACGUUUUCUUGAAGAUCUUAUUGAACAUGUACCUAAUCUUGAAAAAUUAUCAGUUGAAUUAGAUUGUUCAUUAGGUUCGUUUGCAUCAUGGAGGAAAUCAAAUGUUGAAAUAUUAAAACAAUCAAAGACAAAUUGGUUUAAUAAAUUACAAAAAUUAAAAUAUUUUAGUUUAAAAACUUUCAUUUAUGAGGAUUAUGAAUUUAUUUAUUUAAAAUGGCUUCUCAAUAAUUUAAAUUAUAUUGAAAAACUUCAACUUCAUAUUAAACAUGAUAAAUUAAACGAAAGAAUAUGUCAUAAUAUAAUGAAAUCUUUGAUUGAUGCAAGUUUUAUUCGUCAAUAUUGUUUACCUGAUUUAAUACCGAAUUUAAUUUAUUUUAAUUUUUAUAUUUAUUGGAAAUGUCAAUUAUCAUUUAAUGAUAUUGAAAUAAUAAAAAAUUCAUUUAAAAUUCAUCCAUUUUUUAUUUCAUAUCAAUGGACAAAUGUAACAUGUUUAUUUGAUCCAAUAAUAUCAUGUCAACAUUUAUUCUCUUCUUUUAAUAAUACAGUUCGAUCUUCUAAUAGUUUUAUUAAUUAUUCAUAUAUUUUCAAUUGGCCACCUCUUUACAACAUUUGGUAUAAUUUAUAUCCAUCACUUUAUUUAUUUCUUGAACGAUUUAAUGAUUAUUCUCGUCAUGUUUCUUGUAUCAAAGUAUAUAAAAGUUCCAUACAAGAUUUUGAUAAAACUGAUCUUCGAAUGUCAUUGGAAAUUUUAUCCAAUAUGAAAGAAAACAAUCGAAUUGAUAGUCCUUUUCGAAAUGUUACAAAAAUUCAAUUUGGAACAUAUUUUGAUCGAAGAAGCAACUAUAAUCAUUUGGCAAUUGAUCAGAACGAAAUACGUGCAAAAGUACUUGCUUAUCUUAUUGCAAUGACUGUACAACUCAAAUAUCUUCUUAUCGAACGAUUUGAAUGGCUUUUACAUAUUGUUCAAUACGUAAGAUUUGAAAGCAUAGCAAAUUCAAAAGUGUUACCAAUUUUCAGCAAAUUUCUGAUUUCUAAUGAUGAAAUCUAUGAAAACGAUCAGAAAAGCAUAAAUCAGAAAUCUACUUUUGCCUAUAAUUUCUAAUGACUAGCAGAAAAGCAGAAAUCAGAAAUUCAAUUUCGUGCAUAAUUCUCAAUCAUUAUCACAAAAGCAGAAACCAGAUAUUGACUCAUGUUACACAUUUCUAAGACACUAUGUGAAAACGAGAACAGCGUCUCUAUCCUAAGCCUCGCCUUGUCCUCAAGAUGCGCUAAUUCAGCGUUGCAGCCCUCACCCUUAGAGAGUAAUACGCCAUGUGUGUUUUCGCCCUCACGCCUCUCUAUAUAUUGGAAUCUUUAAUAGCUCAUAUCUCUUUUACGUAAACUUAAUUGAAUUUCCGAAGAAGUCCAUAAAAGACAUCAUAUGUUUGAAUGAUGAUAGUAGUAGAUUUCUGAUUAAUUUUAUAAGGAUAGGAGUAAAUUUCUGAGGCAUUUUGACGUUUCGUCGCUACUUUUCAUUCCGAACAUCCAAUGUCGUAGUCCGUUCCGAACAUCCGUGGUUCUUUAAAAAAUCGUCACUUUUAAGAUAAAAAUAUCGGAUGUUCGUUAUGAG